AGAUUCUUGUUGGCCCCCUGCGGGCCACAGGCGCGCGGGGCCGAGCCUCCCCGCGGUGGCCGCCAUAGUGUGAGAUAUUUAGCGGGAGCGCGCGCGAGUUUGAGAACGCGCGGAACGCCGGCGGCGGACAGUGGGGAUCCGCGGCGACCGUUGCUGGGCGCACUCUCUAAUGGCGGCGGCGAGCCAGAGUGUCCCGUCGGUACUGGCAUGAGGCAGAGGCAGUGGCAGUGGCUGUGCCCGUGGUGGCGGGCGUUGGUGGCGGCGACGACGACGACGACGACGGAGCGUGUUUGAGCAAGGUCCGAUGGCCGAGGCGCGCUCUUCCCCCACAGAAAUGAGUCGUCAAACCGAAAGAGCGUCACCUACUGGAAACUCAGACGGUGCGGCCUCCUCGGCGCCUGUCUUGACUGACACCACUGUGUCCAACAGUGACUUGGCGAGUCUUUUUGAGUGUCCGGUCUGCUUUGACUAUGUGUUACCUCCAAUUAUACAGUGUCAGAGUGGCCAUCUUGUUUGUGGCAACUGUCGCCCAAAGCUCACAAGUUGUCCAACUUGCCGGGGCCCGCUGACAUCCAUUCGCAACUUGGCUAUGGAGAAACUGGCCAAUUCAGUACGUUUUCCUUGUAAAUACGCCUCUUCUGGAUGUGAAGUAACUAUGCCACCCACAGAAAAAGCAGACCAUGAAGAACACUGUGAGUUUAGGCCCUGUCGUUGUCCUUGCCCUGGUAUUUCCUGUGGGUGGCAAGGCUCCAUGGAUGCGGUAGUGCCGCAUCUGAUGCAGCACUAUAAUGACUCCAUUAUAACCCUGCAGGGAGAAGUUGUAGUUUUCCUUGCAGUCAACAUUAAUCUGGCUGGUGCCCUUGACUGGGUGAUGAUACAGUCCUGUUUUGGGUUUAACUUCAUACUAUUCUUGGAGAAACUGGAAAGCUACGAUGGUCACCAGAAAUUCUUUGCCGUUGUCCAGCUGAUAGGAACACGCGAACAAGCUGAACGUUUUACUUAUCAACUUGAGCUAAAUGGUAAUAGGCGGCGAUUGAUUUGGGAAGCCACGCCUCUAUCUAUUCGUGAGGGAAUUGCAACAGCCUUUAUGAACAGUGACUGCCUAGUCUUCGACCCUGGAGUUGCGGAACGUUUCGCAGAAGAUGGCAAUUUAAGCAUCAAUGUAACUAUUUCCAUGUGUUGAAAUGCUGAUCAAACAUUUUGUGACUUGUGUUUAAAACCAGUACAUUCAAUUUCACAGAGAAUAAGGCACCUGUCUUCCUACCAACCAGAAACUUUUGGUAGGUUGAAGCUAGAGACUUUAAGAUAAAACGAAAGGGUGUUAAAUACAGGAAAUAGUUGCAUGUAAUAACACUAAUAUAUUUAAAAUAUGUCAACAGUAAACCACUGAAAAAAUAUAUGUAUGUUUACACCCGAGAUGGGCAUCUUUUGAAUUUAAAAAAGGAAGCUUUGAAAACU